AUGUCAUCACCAAAUGCCCCUGGAUAUUCAAGUGAUUUACCACUACAGCGGAAACAGCAACAACAUGAGGAAAUGGUAGAUUCCACACAAUCUGAAUUUGAAGAGACAGAAGAAUCUGAUGCAGAUGAAGAUGAAAAUGGAGUUGUUAAUGCGUUUCCAUCUUCAAGCACAAAUAACUUUCCAAUGCUAGCCAUGAAUAAUAUGAAUGGAAGUGCAACUAAUACUAUAGUCUCUCAAGGAAAUUUUCGUAUUUCAAACCCCAACUUGACUAUAAAUAAUCAACCCCAAAAUGAUUCAAAUCAAUCCAAUUCAUCUUUAACAACUAAAAGCAACAAUACAAGUCCUACAAACAGUAAUGGUUCGACCCCGAUUGACCUGGAUCAUCCAAGCCAAGUGCAAGAUCAAGAUCAAGAAGUCCUUAAUGAAACUGGGCUAGAGGCAUAUUUUAGAAGAAAAGCACUUGGUAUUAUUAACCAAAGUGCAAUUGAUAAAGUAACGAAAUCACCAGUAAGACCUGUCAAGAAUAAGUCCAAAUCGAAAAGAAAGACAAACUCAAUCAUAAGUUCAUCCAAUUCUAGUGGAUCUGUAGAUGAGGAAAACGGAAUACCUUCGCAAUUGAACGACCCUGAUGCUACUACUACUACUGCUGCUCCACCGCAUCAAAGACGAAGAGAACUUACGGCAGAAGAAAGGAACUACAUAUAUGGCAUCAACGAUGGUAUAGUAUUGCUACUGCAAAAAUGUGAAGAAAUGCAUAAAAAAUUUGAAGAAUUGUUAAUGUCACAUAAAAAACUAAGGUCACUUAGGAAAACAGACAUUGCAGAGCUUUUAAAAAAACUGAAACCUCCUCGUCUUUCUGGAAAUGAUUUAGCACAGAUUUCAGGGUUCAAAUAUGAGACAUAUAAAACAACUUUACGACGUCGUACAACUAGAUUGAAUGGGCAUACCGCAAGGAGAUCCGGCCGUAGAAGAAAAGAAGAUAGAGAACCAGACGAAGUCAAUAAUGAUAAUCAAAAUAACAAUGUACAAUGA